GUAGAGCAAAUUAACAUUACGAGUUCUACAUUUAAUAAUAAGCAAACUAAAUCCAAAUUGAAUAAUACAUUAAGAAGACGAUAUUCAGACGACAGAAAGGCCAAAUGCAACGGAAAUGAUAAAAAAACAAAAGAGAGUAUUUUAUUAAAACCGGAUGCAGAAAAAAGAAGUUCUAAGAAAAUGACGGUUAAGGAUUUGGACAAAGAUGUUAUGGAUGAUAUAAAAGUGACUUCUAUUAAAACAAGUUCUAUUAAAGAUAAAACUAAAUCAGAACGAUCCAAUAGAAUUCAUUCAGCAUGUUCUAUUUCAUGGAAUGACGACAAUGUCGCUCUAAAAAAUGAUAGCGAUGAUCGGUACUUUGAUAAAAAGAAAUAUCCUAUUAGCAAAAUUGACAUAGAUGAUGAAUUCAAAACACGUAGUAUGCCAUCAAGUCCCUUGAGAACAAAACGUUAUACAUCUCCGGUUAGAAAAAAGAACAUCACUAUUCCAAAACCAUUUAAAAUGACUGAAAGGUAAGGUCUUAAAGGUGAAGCAGAAAAAUAAUGAUUUAAAUGUUUAUAUUUAUUUUAUUAUUGUUUUCUAGAGACGAAGAAGAUCGUAUUAUAAAUGAAUUACGAAGUCUCCAAAAAUCAUUUUCUGAAGAUAUGUUACACCAAAAGUGUGAGAGGAGACAGUUUCGUGCUAGACCAGUACCGAUAGAGUCCCGUAUACCACUCUACGACAAAAUACUCGAAGAUCAAGCUAUGAGGUUUUCACACUACACCCAAGCACACUCAGAGAGCCAUUACAAAGAUCAAUAGUGAAGCCGAGUUACGUGCGCAAAUGAAACCGUUCAGUUUCACAAAAAGAGAGGAGAAAGGGCUCAGUGGAGUCUGUGAGAGGGCCACACACGUUUUGCCGAAAAGCAAGAAAAGGAAGCGUUUUCGGGCCAGGCCAGUGCCGAAAGACUUAUUCUCUAACUAUUUUUAUGACAAGAUUAAGGAAGAUCAAUUCUUUAGAAAUAUAAACCGCAAAAUACGAGCAGAAGAAUUGCUGCGUGUUUCUCAUUAUCCUGGUACAAUGGCUACUCGUGACCGUAGUCGGUUAUCAACUCCAGCUGCUCACAGUGAUUUACCUAUAGAUCCAUCUCCGGCAAACCCUUCGAUUACAUCAUCAGAUAGACAACGAUCUUCUAGUCCUGUAAAGGGUAGAAGAAAAGAGAAGUCUUCAAAGGAAGAUUUCAUCACUACUAGUCCUCAACCUUUCAAGUUUAGUACGGCGGAUAGAGCGGCGAAGAAAAUUCAAGAUGUUGCAAGAAAAAUAUAUCAGGAGGGCACUGAAAGUGUUGGUAAUAGCGCGACCAAUGCUACACCGGGAGCUCGUGCGUAUUCUGCAUUGGACUUACGGGCAGCCGCGUCAGGCAGGUCUAAUUUGGCUGCUUUACUUAGAGCAGAAUCAGUCAGGCGAAAGUUUGAGAUGGAAGCAGCAAGGCGAUUACAAGAGCAACGUCGACGUUUGGAAAUGCGACAUCGCGAUAAAUUAUUAAGAUCAAAGCCCGCAUGGCAUUUAGUAAAAAAUAAUCAUGAAGAAGAUAUUGCUAUGAGACUACAGACACGACGAGAUGAAGAAAAAAUGAGACGAGAGGAGUUCCUUCAUGAAAUGGAAUUAAUGUAUGGGCGAGUCCAAGAACAACCAAUGCUUUUCGAGAGAUAUUAUGCUCCAAGACCGCAUUACUUAUCUUCUGAAACUCUCCAAUUAUCACCAAGAAAAGGAAACAAAAAACGUAGCACGAAAACUAAAAACUACCAUUACAAUAGUCCUACGAGAUCACGUAAAGUCUCUAUUAACGAUAUGGCUGAGACCUUCCAUGGUGAUGUUUCAGAGUAUUUAAAUAAAAUUGAUGAUGAUAAACUGUAUUCCGAUUCGGAAGUAGCAAUAGAUAGUUUAGACGGUGGUAAAGUAUAAAGGAAAAAUAAAGUGAAAGUAAUG